AUGGAGGAAUGGAAUCAAACUACCAAUGGUUUCUUCCUACUUGGUCUGUUUCCCCCAACAAAAACUGGCCUGCUCCUCUUCCUCCUGAUUGUUCUCAUCUUCCUAAUUGCCUUCUUGGGUAACUCAACCAUGAUUCUCCUCAUCUGGAUGGAUCGCCACCUCCACACCCCCAUGUACUUCCUACUCAGUCAGCUCUCCCUCAUGGAUCUCAUAUACAUUUGGAGUACAGUUCCCAAGAUGGCUGUCAGCUUCCUGUCUGGGGACAAUUCUAUUUCUUUGGUGGCUUGUGGAUUCCAAAGUUUUUGCUUUUUGCUCAUAGCUGGUGGGGAAGGGUUACUCCUGGCAUCCAUGGCCUUUGACCGUUAUGUGGCCAUUUGUCGCCCCCUCCAUUAUCCUAUUCUCAUGAGCAAGAGAGUGUAUUUGCUAAUGAUUUCUGGGUCUUGGGCCUCUUCAUCCAUCAAUGCCAUUUUCCACACAGUGUAUGCACUCUGCAUGCCUUAUUGCAAGUCCAGAGUCAUUAACCAUUUCUUCUGUGAUAUCCCAGCCAUGGUGCCUCUGGCCUGCAUGGAUACCUGGGCCUAUGAGUAUACAGUGUUUUUCAGCACCAACAUAUUUCUUUUGGUUCCUUUCCUUGGUAUCAUGACUUCCUAUGGUCGAGUUCUCUAUGCUGUAUGUCACAUGCACUCUACACAAGGGAGGAAGAAAGCUUUCACCACUUGUUCUACCCACCUGACUGUGGUGACAUUCUAUUAUGUCCCAUUUGUGUAUACAUAUCUGAGGCCCCCGUCUCUACGUUCCCCAGAAGAGGAUAAGAACUUGGCUGUCUUCUAUACUAUCCUCACCCCUAUGCUUAACCCCAUCAUUUAUAGCCUGAGGAAUAAAGAGGUUCUGGGGGCCUUCCAGAGAGUCCUUGGGAGAUCUUUAUCCCAAAAAGAAUAG